UUUUUAUUAAAUAUAAAGAUAAUCCACCCAUAUUUAAAGUAAAUAUUAACUUUUUAUUUUCUCAUGUAAAGCACUGACUAUUCGAAAUUUAAGCAAAUUUUUUGAUAUUCCCGAUAGAGCUCGUCGAGUUACCUAUACACUAAAAACAUAAUGUCUCGGUAGUCUUAAUAUUUAUUCAAAUAUAUUUCUUUUUUAUUUUACUACAUACUCAAAACUAAUUUUCAUCAAAUUGUGAUUCGUAAAUCCCCUUACAGUUGUUUUCGAAUACUCCAAUCUGUGUUUAUCUUAAGAUUGAAAUUGUUACGACAACUGGUUUUCGAAUAUUGAAAACAUUAUUUGAUGUUGAUUUUCUUGCUGAUUCUCAAUAUGAGAUUCAUUUCUUUUGGUAAUGAAGUUCUAAUGGUAAAGACCUUUGACUAUGAACGCGUAUUUAUAGUGUUUUGCUUAGGGACAGACCGUUUAAUUUAACAUAAAAUUAAAUUCAGUUUUAUUAUUCUACACUGAAUAUUAAGUUCUCAACAUGGUGUUGUCCGAACGAUUGAAGGGGAAAAAAAAUCAGAUAUCAACUAGGGCUUUCUACACUAUUGUAAGGAGAAAAUUACUUGCGUAACUAACAGUGCACUAGGUCGGACACCAUUCUACCAUAUAUCGUCUUCGUCCUGCUACCAAACGAAAGAUAAAGGCAAUAAUUACCAUCAUUGACACUAUUUUUCAAAAAAUAUGGGAUCUUUUUUUUUAACUCGACGAGCUGUAUCUAACCGUGACAAGGAAACACUAAAAUAUUUAUUACUAAAAUUUCGAAUUGUUGAUACCAUAAUAAUAUCGAAAAAAAAAAUUUUGUUAGGGUUUUCCACCUAUUGCUGGUGCUAUUCAAUGGGCUCGUUUUUUAUUUACACGUAUAAAACUUCCAAUGAUUAAAUUUCGUUCUGUUAAUCGAUUACUUCAAUCAGAACAAGGUGUAACUGCAAAAAAUCGAUUUAUAGAAACAGGCAUUGUGCUUAAAGAAUAUGAAGAAGAACUUUAUACAAAAUGGCUUGAUAAUAUCAUUAAAUAUUUACCUAUUUAUCUUAAACAAAGUUUACUUAUUGAUGCUGAACAACGACCAGAUCUAUUUCUAAAUGAUAAUAAUAAUAAUAAUAAUAAUCAUCAACAAUUUAUUAAUAAU